AGGCAGGCAGAUUGUAAGUUCCCUUGACUUGCCUUCUACCUAAUACCAAGAGGGAGUCAUGAAGGCGUUCUGCUGUUUCCCGUUUUUGUUCUUUCUCACUUUCCUCGCCUGUGUCCACUUCGCAUGGUCGGCUGUCCCGAAAGGCUAUUUCCGCAACAAUUACCGCGAGGCACUGGCUCGCGGAAAAUUGUACGAAAUUCGCUCUCUGAAUCACGCGUUACUCAAGCAUAUUGCGCGCUAUUGCCCCGACGAGGUUCUUUCCCUGGAGGCAAAUCUCAGGUUGAUUAAAAGGGACUUGACCUAUGUGAUGUUGUUAAGAGCGGCCAUGGAGAUAUACUAUGACCUGGUGGAUUUGAGCAUCAAGUGUCAAGCAGCGUGCAGCCAUCGUCUCGUGUUCGGAAGCGACCCUAUCCCAAAAAAAGCCAUAACAGCGUCCAGCGUCUACUCAUCUGGGUCACAAUACGCGAUCAAUCUGAAUUCUACAUGGGCAUGGGUACCAGCGGCUGCGCAACUUAAGAAUCAGAACCAAUGGAUUCAAUUUGACCUGGGCACAAUAAGAGUUAUAACCGCCGUCUUGACUAUGGGGCGUGCCGAUCGCUACAACAAUUGGGUAACUGAAUACAAACUGCAGUACAGCGUUUCUGGGUCUACAUGGACUACCUAUCAAGAUGGGGACGGAAAAGAUAAGCACUUUUCUGGCAACUCGGACCGUAAUACCAUCGUUAGGCAUGAUCUAGUGCCUCAUAUCCAAGCACGCUUUGUCCGCAUCCUGCCAAUGAAAUGGUACGCCUACAUUGCCAUGAGAGCUGACAUACUUGGUUGCUAACCACUCAUCCAGGUUUUUUUGGGGGGUUCAAAAUUAAAGAACUCUGAUUAUUUGUUUCAUUGGAAAAUGUCAUUUCAUUAAAAUUGACUUAGUAUUUCCUGUUUAAAAGAAAUUUAUCAUUUCGAAUUGAAAUUGUGCAAAAUGAAAAGUUUGGACAUUUAAUAUACUUUCUUAUUCAGCAGCAA